GACCAGAAGAACCACUCUGGAUGCCCUCUGCUCCCCUAGACCAACCCCCAAUCCCAAGACCCUACUAGGAUUUCAGGCUCUUCCCUCCUCCUCCCUCAGCCCGUGCUCUCCCUCCCCCAGGCCUCAGCAUGGGACGCCCACCGCCCACUGCCGCCGUGUGCGCCUGGAUGUUCCUGCUCCUGCUGCUGGAAGUCUGUGCAAGACACUGGAGGGCAGAGGAGAGCAAGGUGCUGGGGGGCCAGGAGUGCAAGUCCAACUCGCAGCCGUGGCAGACGGCCUUGUUCCAGAGGGACCAGCUGCUGUGUGGGGGUGUCCUCAUCGACGACAACUGGGUCCUCACGGCAGCCCACUGCAAAAAGCCGAGGUACACUGUCCGCUUGGGAGAGCACAGCCUGAAGAAUAAGAGUGGAUCGGGGCAGGAAAGGGCCGUGGCCCAGUCCAUCCCACACCCCUGCUUCAGCGGCGACAGCGACGACCACAACCACGACCUGAUGCUCCUCCGGCUACGUGACCCAGUCUCCAGAGGGGACUCCGUGAAGCCCAUCAACCUGACAGACCACUGCCCUCGCGUCAACCAGAAGUGCACCAUCUCGGGCUGGGGCACCGUUACCAGCCCCCAAGCGAACUUUCCGGAUGCCCUCAACUGCGCAGACGUCUACAUCGUGCCCCAGAAGCGGUGUGAAGACGCCUACCCCGGGAAAGUCACCGAGGCGAUGGUCUGUGCAGGUGACAGCAGUGGGGCUGACUCAUGCCAGGGCUCUUCCUGGCUCUGCGUGGAAACCCCGCCCCCUUUGCCAAUGAUUGGACCCUGAAAACGAUGCUCCACUGUGUCCUUCCCCAUUGGCCAGGAACACAGUCAUUUUAUCAGGGAUCAUGCCCUGAAAUCUGUUUCUCUGGAUGAUUCCUACAGAUGAUGGUUUUUCCCCACAGAGACUCCUACAAUUAUUGGCAUAGGUGGGC